AUGUCUAAAACAAAUCUGGUGGAAGAGAAUAACAGUGCAGUACUUUGCCACAGACUACUUGCUUGUGUUGCAUGGAAAUACCUUGUGACAGAUUGUGAUCUCCAGAAUACACUUCUGGAAAUAGUGUUAACUGGUUGUGUACUCUUGUCCUGUUCUCUUUGCAGCUGGGCUAUCAUCAUCUUCACUGUUGUGGCCGUCAUCAUUGUCUUUGAUCCUCUUGGCGGGAAGAAGACGCUCUACAUUGCUCACUGCCCCAACCGCAACCUGGAGAGCAGUCAGUCAGGCCAGCUCUUUUACAAUGUCAAGAAGACGGCAACUCGAGUGUGGGAGAAAAGGAUCCGGCUGCUGUGCUGCUGCAUCGUGCAAGAUGAUGACCACCGAGUGGCUUUUACAAGCAUCGCUGAGCUUUUUCGCAGCUACUUCUCAGACACUGACUUGGUGCCUAGUGAUGUGGCAGCAGGCCUGACUCUACUUCACCAAGAACAAGAUAAGGUGGAAAAUUGCCCUAAAGAGCCUGAAGAAGUUCUUACGCAGUCACCAUUAUCUCCUCUGGGUAACGAUUUGGAUGAUGAAUUGGAAAAUGCUGCUCAUUAUAUGAAGUUUGCUGCGGCUGCUUAUGGUUGGCCCUACUAUAUAAUGGCAAAUCCCUUUACAGCACUCUGUAAGCUUAAAAGUGACUGCUGUAGAAGGACCCCAGCAGAGACUGAUAUCAUUGGUGAUGACCGUUUUAACAUGCAUUUUGGAUCCAUCUUAAAAAUAACAGGGCUGCAAUAUAGAGAUUUCAUUCACAUCAGCUUUCACAAUAAGAUUUUUGAGAUACCAUUCUUUGUCGCAUUGGAUCACAAAAAAGAAGCUAUUGUCGUAGCUGUGAGAGGAACCUUGUCAUUUGAGGAUAUUCUCACAGACCUUUCGGCCGAUUGUGAAAACCUAACUCUAGAAGACGUCCUAGAAAAUGGUCUUGUACAUAAGGGGAUAACCCAGGCUGCCAACUACAUUUACCGAAGACUAAUAAAUGAUGGGAUUUUGAACCAAGCCUUCACCAUUGCUCCUGAAUAUAAACUGGUUGUCGUCGGACACAGUUUAGGAGGAGGAACAGCCUCCAUAUUGGCUAUCAUGCUCAAAAACGCUUUCCCAAACCUGAAGUGUUAUGCCUUUUCUCCACCAGGAGGUUUGUUAAGUAAAUCGCUUGCAGACUACAGUAAGCAGUUCAUUGUUUCAAUCAUUGUUGGAAAAGAUGUUGUUCCAAGGUUAAGUAUGCCCAACAUGGAAGAUCUGAAGAGAAGGAUCAUUAGAAUAGUUGCCAACUGUAGCAGACCCAAGUACCAGAUCUUGCUGCAUGGAUGUUGGUAUGAAGUGUUUGGAGGAGAACCGGAUAACUUCCCCACUGAACUGGAUGGUAGAAACCAAGAUGCUUUGACCCAGCCUCUCCUAGCCGAAGAGAGCUUAAUGGUUCAUCGGUCACCUUCCUACACUACUCUAGAUGAAGACUCACCUUUAAAUUCUCCUCCUCAGUAUCCUCACCUGUUUCUUCCUGGGAAAAUCAUCCAUAUUGUUGAGGAAACCAGCACAAGAAGGUGGUGCACUUCAGACAUCAGAUACGCUGCAAGCUGGUCAAAAGAAACUGCCUUUGGUAACAUUUUAAUAAGCCCCAAGAUGAUUACGGAUCACAUGCCAGAAGUAGUCCUCAAGGCUCUCAACAGCUUGGUUGAAGCAAAUGCCUCUUGCCUUUCCUGUCGAGCGCAAGGAGACUCAUCGGUGAACAUUGUAUAACUGUAGACUUAGGAAAACAGCAGCGCUCUCUGUUUUCAGGUGUUAACAAAGAGUGGCAGCCCUUUUGUACUGAAAUCAUGCCUGAUGUAGAAGUUUGGGAUAACGUCCAGGACGAUGAACACAACCUUCACGCUGUAGCCGUUGUUUGGGGCUACUCAAUUUACCAGGUCGUUUUUAAGAGGGCCUCAGUUUAACUGGAGCAAGUGAACUAGUCGUGAAUUUUAAGCAUCAUGAAAGGCUCUGCAGUGACAGCUUGUAUGGAGAACUUGAUCAAUGGGGAGAUGGAAGAGAUCGGUUACAGCGAGUGCUUAACUCUUGGCACUGUUACGAUGUGGGCCCUUGUGUAAGUCGUGGGCAUCUCAGGGCAGAGCUGGACAUGCCUGUGGGUUUAUGAAGCACGUGUAAAUUCAGAAAUAAAACAAACUAACAGGAGAAGAAAAUUAAGUGCAAGACAACUACACUGACUGUUUGGACAUACACAAAGGUGACCCCACCAAGGUGAGCUGGGCUUUGCAGCCUUCCAUUGCACUACCAUUGAUGUCAGAAAUGUCUGGUUUUCUUUCUUGCUGAAGGAAUUUUGCAUUGUAGAUACCUUUUGUAGGCUUAAAUAACACUUGGAUACAUGUGCAAUACUUGUCUACCUUUGUUUACAGAUCUUCAACCCUGCUGAAUAUGAUUUUAGAAGGGUUAAAAUCCCUUAUUUUAAGCAAUGAUGUUGUUCGGUUUGCCCGUGGUUAAUUAGGACAAGCCCGAAGGAUCAGCUAGGCUUCCUGUUUUAAAAGAAUUUUACAUCUGUAAUCUUGUACAGUUAAAACAUGUCUGUGCUGGAAAUGAUCUCAUAAUGAAGUUUGUUUACUGAACACAA